GUUUGUUGCAGAUUUAUUGUGUGACAAAUUGAAUGUAUCCCACAAUGCAAUCUCGAUCAAAUAAUUUCAAAGUGUCUUUCUUAAAACACAGUUUACAGAAAAAAAAAAUACAGGUUUUUAUAGAUUAUUUUUCCGAGAUACCUUCGGAUAAAUUUCUCUCACAUCUUCGUAAGAAUCAAUUUCAUUAAGCGGUCCAUUACGGUUCUAAAUCUUCAAAAUAUAGUUUGACAUUUCUAGAAAGUUUUUAGAUAUUUUGUUUUAUAACGUAAUUUGUAGUUUUUAGCAAUUUUCCAAAUGAAUUCAAUUAAAUAAUUACUGAAUACUUAAGAUACUCGAUAAAUGUCCUUUCAUUGCUCCACUUGUAUUUCCUAUAAAUUGAAGCUCUUUAAAAGUCUUGAAAAUAUAUAUUAGCCUAAUUGGUUCUUGAGUCCUCUUGGAGACAGAAUCAAACGUUUUAAGUAUUCACUAUACUCUUUUCUUCGUUUCGCUCUUCUUUCCUGCAUACAUUUUUUUUUUUUUUUUUAUAUGACUGUCCCUUCAGAGAAUUCGACUCGUGUUUCUCGAUACGGCUGGACUUUUAUAGAACCAAGCUCUUGAAGUACUAUUCACUGUCGUCCCCUUUCUAAAUUUCUCUCUUAUUCCCCUGUGUAUUUAUUACAAUAACCCUGCCACGAAGAUCAUCGACGCGUUUCUUAGCACGACUGUGAUUCUUCGCCGGAUUGACAUUCCUCGAAGUUGCCGCUUUUCUGUCACAUCCCUGUGGGAAAUCGAUCGCUAGAGAGUGAAAAAAAAAAUCGCUUUUAUCCAGAUCGAUUUAAUCGGAAUCUCACGAGAAUUUCUCUCGCUUUUCAAUGCUUUUCUUUUCCCCGCCGUGUUCCUCCUCUCCAGGAAUGCACUCGCGACUUCCCCCGCGAGAAUUCCCCGACAAAUUCCCGACGGAUAGACGGGGAAGGAAACCAAGUCGACAGAUAACGACUGAGAGGAUCGUGACGGCUCGCUCACUGGCGGGGCGAUUCGCUUCGUCCGCUAUCCGGUCGCCGACUUUCCUCGUUGUCGACCGACAUCGAAUCACAUAUAUAUCGAUUCGAGCGAGACGACAACGACCGUACACGCGACGGCCGGAGAACAAAGACGGCGAUGUCGAGACCGCGGCGCGAUGCGAAGCGACAAACGAGCGCGCCGGGACGUUUGCGGCGGCUGCGUCGUGCUGAGGAAACGUGUGUCGUGUAUUAUGGUCGAAUGUCGCAUUGCGGAGAAAGAGAACGGCGGCGGCACACACGGAUGAUGCCUGUCGCCGCCGCCGCCGCCGCCACCGCGUCGUCUGCAUCUGUCAUCGUCCAUCCUCGUCGCACCCGCGUAGUCCCCGAUUGACUCGGACCCUCGCAUUUCUUCGACGGAACGUCUGUUCUGUCAGUGUCGAUGGGCAUGCGGGGACUUCCUGCGCGACAGACGGCGAGCGAAGAGGAUCGCGUAUGACGAUGUGGAAGAAAGAGAUUCCCCACACAUUGUCUACUUUCCAAUAUAUCAGUGAUUAAAUUGAAUAAAAAGAAAUUACAUCCACGUGCGCGGAUGAACUCGUUUCAUUUGAAGAUUGCAUUGGAAAGGAUAAUUAUUAAUUUUGCUGUACAUUCGCAAGUUUUGCAUCACAUGGUACAGAAAAUAUUGAGACCAAUCGCGCCGUAUAUGUCGUAAGCAAGACUCGCUACAACGAUGUGUCGCGAGCAAGUUCGUCGCAUUGCCGUCCGAAAGACCAUCAACGAUCGCAAUUAUUCUGCACGUUAGCGCAAUCCCUUAAUUAAGUCGCUCGAAUUAGCGACGGACCGCUGCUAAUUAACGUCAUCGCCAUCGUUCUUCUCGGAGAAAGAGCUUCACGUCAUCAACUAACAGAUUUAACGAGAAACCAUUUGGCGCACGUGACGAGCAUUUUUCUCUCUCUCUCCCCUUCAAGAAGAAAGGAUGAUACUCGUUCGAUAAAAAAAGUCGUGCGACAAGGCGUCGCGGCGCCGUGACAAUGUGGAAAUAUGAGACUUUCUACGUCAGCUGUCGGACCCCGUCGUCUUCGUCGUUUUUGUCGAUACUUUGCUCGCACCAAUGCAGCUUACACCGAUCGCCGAUGUACAAGUCCGACGUCUAUUGAGGAAAAAUGGGCGCCAAUCAAUCGACCCGAAGUGAUCCCACCCCCGGAGAAGAAGUGAACUUCGAUCAUUUUCAAAUUUUACGCGCUAUCGGGAAAGGCAGCUUUGGCAAGGUCUGUAUCGUGCAAAAACGUGACACUACCGGCCAUAUGUACGCUAUGAAGUACGUACAUAAAAACGAAUGUGCAGAACGGGGUGCCUUGAAGAACGUGGCGAGGGAAGUCGAGAUCCUAUCAAAGCUUGAACAUCCUUGUUUAGUGAAUUUAUGGUUCAGCUUCCAAGAUGAGGAGGAUCUCUUCAUGGUAUCGGAUUUACUUUUGGGCGGCGAUCUGAGAUACCAUAUCCAGCAAGAGAUUGUGUUCAGCGAGGAGAGCGUCGUACUGUUCGUAGCUGAAAUCGCCUUGGCGCUCGAUUAUCUGCAGAGUCACAGGAUUAUCCAUCGGGACAUUAAACCGGACAAUAUAUUGCUGGAUGAGGAGGGUCACGCCCAUGUAACAGACUUUAAUAUUGCAACUGUACUCGAAGAUGGUCAAUUAGCGACUUCAAUGUCUGGAACAAAGCCAUAUAUAGCCCCGGAAAUUUACAUGUGCUCAUGCGAGGAAUACGGUGUCCUUGGCUAUGGAUUCGCUGUGGAUUGGUGGAGUCUAGGAAUCCUCGCUUGGGAGACCUUAGCCAUGGAAAGACCGUAUCCACUUCACUCCACAACGUCUAACAGAGAGGCUUUGAGAAUCUUGCAGGAAGAAAGGCCGACACCUUCGCAUUGGACUCCCUCGACAUGCGAUCUCCUGGACCGUUUAUUAACUCUGGCCCCGAACGCUCGAGUGUCGAGUUUAAAGGAACUAAAGCAAGUGAGCGCAAUGAGAGAGCUGGAUUUUGACAGAGUGCUGAAUAAGCAAAUAAAACCGCCCUUCACCCCGCCGAAGGAUCAUUUAAAUUGCGAUCCCACUUUCGAACUCGAGGAAAUGAUAAUUGAGACGAAGCCCUUGCACAAGAAAAAAAAACGUCUGGCUAAACAAAGAUCGUUAAGGGUCGAGUACUCAGGAGAGGAUGCUGGCGGUUUCGCCGAGGGCGCUGGAUCAAGUUUAGACAUGCGGAGAUUAGCUUACAUUCCGGAAUAUCGGAUUUAUAAUCGCGAACGCGAGAUCGAGAGAUUGGAGAGAGAGAAGAAGGAGAAACAAUGGGAAGAGGAACUGAACACUGCCAUGAAAGGUGCCGAAGAAAGACUCAAAACAAAGCAGCAACAUCUGCCGGCCCAGCGAACCGGAAACCGACUAAGCGUCUCGACGACGAACGUCAAAGCACGCAUAAACGCCUCACCGAGGCAAGGACGCCAUGGGAGCGCUACGACAUCCUCGGACAUCGACUUCAUCGACGCGAGUCCAGAGCCUAGCACAUCUUAAAUAACACUGAGAACUCUGCACCUACCGUAGCCUAUCAAUGACCAGUAGUCUCUUUUAAUUCUAUGAAUGCGUAUAAAAAUUUAUAAGAGACACCAAUAUUUAUCUAGUUUAAUAACUUGCUAUAAAAAUAAUUUAAUUAUUUCUUACUCUGUGAAACAUACGCAUAUAUCUAACGAUAAGACAUUCAGAAAUAACAAAAUGUGUUGAGUGAUUAUUUUACUUAACAUGCGUCGAAAGAUCCUAUUUUAUAUGUGAAAAAAAAGUUUUUAUACAGAUUGAUAACGUUCGCUUUAUAUCAAUUGAUUUCAUACACGAAAUCCUGAAAAAAAUAUGGAUAACAACCGGAAAAUCGCUCAUCGUGCAAGCUCUAUCAGACUUUACCAAUGCGUACUUAAUCAUUGUAUCAGUAAAAUUUAUUUUAUAAUUUAUAUUUUAGUAAUAUAAUUACAUUUAUAAAAUUAAAUAAAGGAACCUAAUGUAUUAUUUCACGAAUUUUGACCAUUAAUAAUGCAAAAUUAUUCUUUAAACUUUAAAGUAGUAGACGAUCGCUACGUCAACUUUAUUGAAUAACAGCAAAUUUUUUAUUGCUCUUUUAAAAUCAAAAUUUACAAAAACUCAUUAGAAUUAAACAUCUUCGAUGAAUAACAUUAGUUAAUCUUUUCAGUGCAAAUCUGACGUAUACCGUGUAUAUCUGUCCCUGAAGCUUUUAAAAAAAAAAUUUGAUUUUAUCUUGAUUUCUCUUUAAAAGUUAAUAUAUAAUUACUAUAAAUCACAUUUUCAUUAUAUAUAGGGAGAAUAUGCAAGUUUUGCAAUGCUAAAUAGAAUCAUAAUUAUUAAUAUAUAAGAUUACAUAAGAUGAAAAAAUUAUAGAUCAAAUAAAAAAAAUUUAACAAUUUAAAAGUACUAAACAAGAAUUAAAAUAAAUUAUAAAUUUUUUAAUAUUUCUAUCUCUAAUAUGAUUAUUGAAAGGAUUAAGGGACGCAUACUACAUAUUAAUAUAAUUUUCUUUAGUUAAUGGAACUGGGAACAAUCACUAUACACCUAUACAUACAUAUAUGUUUUAUUCAAUAAAGAUAUAUGUUGUUUACAAGUGAGCUAUGUACGAAUCAAAAUAAAAAAUAUCUUUGACACAUGUUA